GCAUCAUUUACCUACGUUUUGUUAAUUUUAAUGUGUCAUGUAAUUUGGUGGUUAAUUUAUUGAGAAUUUAUUAUGCUAAGAGCUCGGAGCUAUUAGCGCUAUUGAAUAAGUUAGUGUAUUAAGCUAGUUAUAGUUUUAGGUACUGUAAUCGCUUUAGGUCCACAUCAAAUAGCAUAAGUUUAAUAGCCAAGUCACCUUUUUUGUUUGGUAACAACAGCUGUGGUUUUCUUUCCACAAUGUCGACUGUCAUGUUUACAGGAAAUGUCCCUGCAACUUUAGAUUUAGAUUCAUUGCAAAAGAUUCACGAUGAGUUAAAAAAAAACACUACAAACUCCACAAAUUCAAACAAGCGAGAAAAUAAUGCUAGAUCUGUGAAAAAUAGUAUCGAGGGCGACACGAUAGCUUCUUUAAAAUAUACAGCUGUACAAACGUGUGAUAUAUUUGAUAAAGUACUACAAAACAAAAGUUACGCUUUGCGAUGCUUAGCUCUAACAUCUGUAAAAUUGACUAACGAUUUUUACCAACACGUUUUAGACUCUAUCUCUGAUAUUAUUGAAUCAACUGCAAAGAGAAUACUUAGAAAUUAUAUAAAAACGUCUACAAACGCCAAACAUAUAAAUUCUAUUCUUAAUACCCUCAUGAUUUGUUUGAUGGAAAGUGAGAUGGAAUUCUCAAUUUUUGAAAACUUUGAGCCGCACGAAUGGCGGAUAGAAAUGCUUACAUAUUCACUGUUUAGUGCAUGGGACGUCGAUUUUAACACAAGAAAAAAUCUAAUAGACAAAAUGAAUAAUAUGGAGUCAAUCAACUACAAUAAACAUAGCACAUAUUCCAUAGAAGACGUAUUGGAUAUUAUUCUAUCCAGUGAAGUUGACGUUUAUUUUUUUAGUGAUCUUCUUAAUCUGAUGGAGCAGAAUCCGGAUUGCUUGGAUGUGAUUAGGCAGAAUAUACUGUUAACUAAGUUUCCGUUACUUCAAUAUGAAAUAGAGAAAAUGAAAACGCACUAUCUCUCUGAGUAUUUUAACCUGUUCGACAAUACUGAUAACAAUAUUGAUCUUAAAUACCUUACUAAAUAUCCUUGUGAUGUACUGAACAUUUUAUUGAGUAAAACACCGAAUGAACUGAAUGACCUAGAACGAUUACUAGAACUCAGUUUAAUGGACAUGACAAAACGAAUCAAACUUCUUCUCAAACUAAAGAAAAAAGAAUCUAUUCUGAAAUGGAAGUACGAAAUAGUAUUUGAGAUAGUAAAGGAAAGAAUUGCGAUUAUAUUUUCAUCUUACAAAGAAUACCUACAGUUGCAGCGUAACGUUUCCGAAAAUUUAUUUUUGCCGUCGCAAUUUACAAUUUCGUGUACGUGUUAUAUUUCAGAUUGUCGGUUCCACAAAACUACGGAAUGUUGUGACCUAUUGUAUAACUUGAACUGCUCAAUAGCGAGAGUGAUGUUCAAUUGCAUGGAAUUAUCAGAGUGCACUAUUAAUUUAGUGGACACAUUGAUCUUAAAAUUCAUGAGUUCAGAAAAGAUUAUUCAAGUCAUCAAAGCACUCGAUAUUGUUGAAGACUACGAAAUUAAAUUUAAAGAAGAAGAAUUAGACGCACUUUUUUCAAAAAUUUUCAGUUGUACGAAUUUUGAUCGUGAAGUUCAUGAAUACGUUGUUCAGAAAUAUUUUACAGGUUCUUAUGAAAAAACAGUAGAUCAACUGCUUGGUGAGAUAGAGAGAGAGACGGACUCUGUGGUCGAUAUGUUUGAUAAAGUGCAGUCUUGUUAUAAAAAAUCAUCUGUCCUUUUUCGUGAGGAAGUUCCAAUAAAUAAUUGGGAUGAAAAACAAUUAAGGAUGUGGAGUAAACUGGCUAGGUGUCAGGAAAAUACGAAUAAAAUUCCCGAUGAAGAAAUAUUAGCAGUUAUUAAAGCUGCAGCUAAAAAUACUUUAAACCUUCAACUUCGGCACAUUCAACUCAUAUCUGUGAUUUUGAUGAUAAAAUCUAACAAAGGAAAAGGAAGACUGAGUCAAAUCAAUACUGGCGAAGGUAAGACUCUUAUAAUUGCAAUAUUAGCUGCUUAUAAUGUAUUGAAAGGUCAUACUGUAGAUGUUUACACAAGCUCGGCUUUAUUAGCCAUCCCCCAAUCGAAAAAGUAUGGAAACUUCUAUUCUGUUUUAAAUAUAACAAUUACACAUAACAUUGAAUAUAAUUCCGACUAUGACAAAGAUGUGAUUUAUGGUACGAACCAUUCCUUUCAACGUGAUGUACUCCGCGAUGAGUUCAGAAAAUCAGGAGUACGAAAAAACCGUAAGUUUGAUAUUGCCAUAGUCGAUGAAGUAGAUAACAUGCUUAUAGAUGGCAACAAUUGGACCCUGAAGAUGAGAAGCGAUAUGCCUGUGAUGGAUUAUUUAGAAGUGUUGCUUGCAGCUAUUUAUAUACAAGUGAAUGAAGCUGCUCGAUCUUUGAUUCAGAAAGACGGAAAAACAUAUUAUUUGGUACAAGAGACUCCAUUAAAUGACGAUGGUUCUGUAAAACCAAAAAUCGAUGUUGAAGAGGUGGAAAUUAAAGGAUCGAUAAAAAGUUUUAUAAUGGAAUGCACCAACAAUCACAUGCGAAAGUUGAUUCGAGAUGUUGAACACUGCAAAAACAUAGAAAAAGGCUACCCCGAGAUCAAAAUACCAAAUCAUUUAAGAGAAGUAAUUUGUAAAGUCCAGUUAGAGAAAUGGAUAUCGAAUGCAAUAAGUGCAAGAUUUCAAUAUGUUAAAGACGAGGAUUAUAUUUUAAAAAACGGCAAAAUUAUAAUUGUGGAUGCAGAUAACACAGGUGCAUUACAGCUUAACAGUUCGUGGUCAAACGGUUUACAUCAAUUUCUUCAAAUAAAGCAUGGAGCCAGAGUUGAACCGGAAAAUUUUACAUCUAAUUUCAUAUCAAACGUUGCACUUUUUAACAGGUAUGUUUCAAAAGUGUAUGGAUUAACAGGGACUUUAGGAAGUGCAGAAGCCAAGUCAUUUUUACAAAAUACUUACAAUGUGGACUCUGUAGUCGUACCACCUUUCAAAUUGAAACAACAUAAACACCUAAAACCCAUUAUGAUAAAUAAUAAAGAAAACAGGUACGAAGAAAUUGCUAAGAGUUGCAUCAGAAAACUGAGUUAUGGUCAAGCAGCAUUGAUCAUCAUAAAAUAUAUACGAGAAGCUGAAGAACUUAGGGACAUCUUUCUGUACAAAUUCAAUUACGACAGUUCGAAAGUAAAACUUGUUAAGACAGAUGACGAUUCUGAAAUUUUAGAGAAACUUUUAAAUUCAGGAGAAGUAAUAAUAACGACAAAUAUUGCUGGUAGAGGCACUGAUAUCAACUUAAGUAAAGACGUCGAACAAAAUGGAGGAUUACAUGUAUGUCUUACAUUUUUGCCGUUAAAUUCCAGAGUGGAGCAUCAAAAUAUAGGUAGAACUUCCAGAAAAGGUAAUAAAGGAACUAGUCAAUUAGUCAUCCAUGAUCCUCAAGGAUUUGGUGAAAUAAAGGCUAUAAGGGCUUUGCGAGAUAAAAAAGAAGCAAACGCCAUGUCCCAAGCCUCGGAAACUGUAAAAAAAAUUAAAACUAAAGAUACAAUUUUUCGUAGUUUUUGUGAAAUUUUGAAUAAAAUUGUAGAUCCCCAUAAUGACUUACAAGAAACAUAUCAGACUGCUGCUGAGGAACGCUUUGCAAUUUGGUUGGUAAUUAAUACAGAACAUGGCAUUGAAAAAGAUGUACAUGAACGAUUUGAGACUUUCAAAAAAGAAAUAUUGAAUGAUUAUCAAAACAAUUGUUUGAUAAAAAAUCCUUGUAUGUAUAUAAACCUUGGCAAUAAAUAUCUUGCCAAGAAAGAAUACGAAAAAGCUAUUCUAAAAUAUAAUCAAGCUAUUAUUUUAGAUAAAAAUUUUUCUGAAUUUGCAUAUUACAAUCGCGCUCGCUCUUAUUUAGCGAAAUACGGAAGCGAUAUGAAAGAAAAUGAGCAUUUUAUCAAUGAGGCAAUCAAAGAUCUAGAAAACACCAGGAAACUUAUAGUUGAAAAAGAAUAUGCCUUGCAUUUAUUACAAACUGCAUCGCAAGGUGAAGUAUUUUCAGAACAAGUAAGCCACAAGCUAAAUCUUUACAACUAUAUAAAAAAUACUAUAGACCUUGCAAUCGGCCCAGACGUAAAAGCACUCAAUGAGCAAACAAAAAGAAUUACAGAAGAAUUAAAAAAGCCUGACUUGGAAACAGAUGUUAAAAGUAAACUGGAAGAAAGUUUGAAAGAGCUAAAUGAAUACAAAAAAGAAACUGGAACGAUUGGAAGAGCAAAAUGUAAAAGCUUUAAUAUAAGUGUAGAUUCCAUCGGAAAAGAUUUCAUCCCAAGCUCUGAUUUAGAAUCACAUAAACAGGAGCUCCAAGAAUUGAAAAUGAACGGUUGGUUGGAUGGAUUUAAGGUUACUGAAAUUAAGCCCAUUGAUUGGUAUGCCGUGACAGGUUUACUCUUCAUAGGAUUGGGACAAUUAAUUAUUGGAGCUGCUUUAACCGUAUUUACCCUCGGCGCCGGAGCAACGAUUGGUAUGGGACUUAUAGGUGAAGGAGUCAGUGACAUCAUAACGGCUGUAAAAGAUGGCAUCUUUAAUCGAGAUUUUGAUUGGGCGACUUGGGCAUUAAUGAAAGCGAUAAGUAUAGCAGUGACUGUAUGUUGUGCUGGAUUAAAAGCAAUUAAAGAUGUAGCAAAAACUGCUUAUGCAGGAGCUAAAAAUGUUGUCACAAGUGGUGUCAAAUGUGUAACACAGACUACAAAAGAAGGGUGGGUGUUCGUAGCCAAAAAAAUUGGUCUUGAUUUAGCAAAAGGUGUAGCUAAGGAAAUAGUAACUGACUUGGUUGCUUACAGCAUCGACAAAACGAUUUUACCGAUGAUAGAAGAAAUUCUUAUAGACAAAGUUAGAGAACCUAUUCAAGAGGCUUUACUUAACAACUCUAAAGUAGCUAAGAUGUUACAAUUUGAUGUUAAAAAUGGUAAUCACAAUUUUGAAAAUGAAAUAAGAAGCAUAGCACAGAAACUGUUAACCCCUAAAGAAUAUUCUAAACUAAGAACAAUAGCGAUGACAAUAGUUACUCAAGUUGAAGAUAAAAAAGGUCUGACCAUAUCUAGACAAGUAUGUACGGGGCUUGAAGGUAUGUAUGAGUUGGCAACAUUCACAAGUAAUUUCAUUAGUAAACUUCUGAAUGAGAUUAACAGUAUAAAAGUUGACUUAGAAGCAGAUAAGAAUGAUGUCGCACAUAUAAACAAGACACAGUCAGAAGAAACUGCAAUUGAAGUAUAUCAUCAUAAUAAUGAAUUCAAAGAUUCCGAAAAUUACAUAGACUUAUCAAAAGCUCACCAAGCAGAGGAGCAAAUAAAACUAGAUAAAAAGCCUCAAUCCACAAGCAAUUUAUCAAGUGAAAUAGCUGGAAUGGUAUCAAGCAAUAUGAUACAAAUUCUAAAAGGAAAAAUUGUGACGCCAGUAGUCCAGAUGGGCGCAAAUUACACAAUUGAUCAAUUAUCGUCAAAUGUUAGUAGAUGUUUGGAUGGCGAAAUCGAAAAUUACAGGUCUAUGAAAAAUAUUAUAAAUAGCCAAAAUAAAUUGUCUAAAAAUAAAAAUAAUUCAAAACCAGCACUUAGCAAACAAGAAGAAAAAACAGUUGAUAAGAUAAUCGACGACCUAAAUAAAGGAGGACCAGCAGGACUAAUACACUUAGGAGCAAUCAGUACUGUUACCGAUCAUCCUAUUGAAGUUUAUGACGAAAAGGGCCGACACAAAUACACAAUUGGGGAUGACAAGAAAUCUAAACCAAUCCAAAUUCAAUAUAAUGCUCCAGAAGACGGGUCUGACGUUGGUCAUUUCACAUUGAAAGGUCAACGCGAACCUUCCCGUAAAAGUGACGCUGAUAAUAUGUGUUUAUUCAAUGUUAUAGCCGAGCAAACAGGCAAAAACCCAAAUGAUUUAAAAAACGAAACUCUCAAUGUUAUGAAAAACAACAAAGUAGAAAUUGCGAAACAAGUAAAACACAUGCACCGCCUGCAAAUGUAUGAUAGAUCCAGAUUACUGGAAGGCGGUGCACAAUACAAUGGAAAAAGGCCUAAGGACGCAAAACAUUUUAUUAGAAAUUCUUGUGGAGUAAAAGGAUUUAAAAAUAAAAAUAAAGGACAUGCUGAUAUCCAUUUUUCCUUUGAAGGUAAAACACAAGGUAUUCUUGAUAUAAUUUCUGAAGAAUCAAAACAUCCAAUAGAGAUUUAUGACUCAGAAGGUAACCUAUCAUAUACUGUUGGAGAAAAGAAUGGUAAACCUCCAAUUAAAAUACGAUACGAUAAGCAUACAAGCAAAAAUUCUGGCGGCUUCUGUUCUUUAGACGGCAAGGUCAAGUAUAACUUGCAUGAUCUUAAUGACAUGAAUUUUUAUAAAACCGUUAGUGAUCAUACUGGCUGCGAUGCCAAAAAUUUAAAAAAGACUAUAUCUAGCAAUAUGGAUGCCAAGCCAGCACCUGCAACAGGAUUUCUUUCAGACGCCAACGGAGAACUCGGGUUUCACUAUCUAUACAGCAAAAUGGAUGCCAAGUCAGUACCUGCUUCUAGAAAUUGUGUUGAAAAUGAGAGCCUAAAGUGUCCAAAAACAGGAUUUCUUUCAGAGGAGGACGGAGCACUCGUGUUUCACUACGCAAUGCAGACUGAGAAGGCUAAGAAAGCUAUGGAGGAGCUCAACAAAUACGGGCCUGGUUCUAAUAAAAUCACUACUCAUAGAAGACAAGAGGUCUUGAUAGCUGCCAAAGAUUUGAACCUACCAAGUCCGGUUUAUGGUGGAUCUUGGGAAAAUGGAAAGCUUAUUGUGUCUUGGCCAGUCACAGACGUUAUGUUAGUUUUGCAACACUACGAUGGACAUCAAUAUAAUAAAAAUGCAAGAGCUCAUAUACAGACGUUCUACCCGUGCAACCCUAUGAACUAGGCCUUCGGUAAAUAUACGGCCAACGUCAAAUAGACUACCUACGUCUAGUCCACGCCACUUCGAGUGAGUUUCUCAAGCGUCUUGUACCUACCGAAAUUAGCGAGCGUUCAGUCAUUCGGUCAAACGGCUUCGUAUACCUCCGAAAAAGGACGGGCGAAAAACCUAUUAGUGUCUAAACACACUAUGCCGAAGUUACGCGGCGGAAUUCUUUCAGAUUCCAUAUUGUGUCCAAACGAGUACGGAAACUCAUUAGUGUAAUGCGAAAUAUACGCAAUGCGGUCGAUGGUAAUAUCUUAUAGAAAUAUUAAAUUUCAUGAAAAUCGUUGGAGCC